CGCGGGCCGGAGUGCCAUGUCCACCCCUCCGCUGGCGCCCGCCGGCAUGGCGCCCGGACCCUUCGGCGGCCCCCAGGCGCAGCAGGCCGCGCGCGAGGUCAACACGGCCACGCUGUGCCGCAUCGGGCAGGAGACAGUGCAGGACAUCGUGUACCGCACGAUGGAGAUCUUUCAGCUGCUCAGGAACAUGCAGCUGCCAAAUGGCGUUACCUACCAUACUGGAACUUACCAAGACCGGUUAACAAAGCUACAGGACCAUCUUCGCCAACUUUCUAUUCUCUUCAGGAAGCUAAGAUUGGUCUAUGACAAAUGUAAUGAGAACUGUGGUGGAAUGGACCCCAUUCCUGUUGAACAACUUAUUCCAUACGUGGAUGAAGAUAGUUCUAAGAAUGAUGACCGGGCUGGCCCACCUCGUUUUGCAAGUGAAGAGAGACGAGAAAUUGCAGAAGUAAAUAAAAAACUCAAACAGAAGAAUCAACAGCUGAAGCAGAUUAUGGAUCAAUUACGGAAUCUCAUCUGGGACAUAAAUGCCAUGUUGGCAAUGAGGAACUAAACUGAUAUGGAAAUCUCUUGGAUUUCUUUCCCCUCCAAGUAUUUUUCCUUUGAAAAAGAUUAUUUAUCUCUUUAUGUUAAUGGCUAGUACUAACGUUCCUGUUUUCACUUUAAA